AUGCCAACAUAUCAUGAAGAAGACUAUAACCACUAUUUCAGCAAUCACCUCAGUAGUCAUAUUUCCACCUCUAGUUACAAACAAUUGAUCACUGAAAGUGUAAUAUUAUCUGUAAUUAUCUACGGUGUAAUCGUCUUGAAAUUCCGGAAGCAGAAACAUACAUGGUUAACUGAACAACAGAAAGAGAGAAUAAUCGCAGAAUGGAAACCAGAGCCAUUGGUGCCAGAAAUUCCAACAGAACAUUCAGCCCUAGAAACACAUUACUUUGAUGGGAAAGUGAGCAAAUUCGUUAUCUAUGAUGGUAAGGAAUAUUUGAAUUUAGCGACAACAAAUUUUUUGGGAUUGAUUGGUGACAAAACAGUUGAGGAAGUUGCAAAAGAAGCAAUUGCAAAAUAUGGCGUUGGUUCAUGCGGACCACGUCAUUUUUAUGGCACGGUGGAUGUGCAUCUUGCAUUAGAGAAGCAACUUGCCGAUUUUUUAGGAUGUGAGGAAGCGGUGCUUUAUAGUUAUGGUUUUGUAACUAUUUCCAGUGCUAUACCAUCAUAUGCAAAAAAAGGAGAUGUUAUUUUUGUAGACAAAGGAGUGAAUUUUGCAAUACAAGAAGGACUCAAAGCAUCUAAAAGUCGUAUUGAAUGGUUCAAUCACAAUGAUGUCAACGAUUUAGAGAGAUUAUUAAUGGAACAGGCUGAAAGAGACCGUAAAUUUCCAAAAUUAGCAUCAAAAACAAGACGAUUUAUGGUGGUCGAAGGACUUUACAUGAAUAGCGGUGAUUUGUGCCCAUUGCCAGAACUUAUGGCUUUGAAAUGGAAAUAUAAAGUACGUAUCUUUAUUGAUGAAUCAUUAUCCAUUGGUGUUAUUGGCAAAACAGGAAGAGGUUAG